AUGCCGGCGCAAGGGGGGGACGCGCACCUCCGUGACGCCAAGGCGAAGCUAUCUAAGAGCAGCGGCGACGACACGGUGUCGUCCGUGGAGCCAACCUUUGCGGCGGACGCCUCGGUCAGGACGUCCAUCCUGGCAGAUGUCGCGGAGAAGGCGGGGCUCCGCCCCAUGUUCGCGAACAAGGACUCUAUGAAGGAGAAAGUGUGGGAGGCCCUCAAGAAAAAGGAGUACAACGUUGCGGACUUCUACCACAAGACAGGCAUCUGGCGAACCAUCGCCACGAACCCGGUCUUCGAGAAUAUUACGUUGUUGGUGAUAUUCGUCAACGCGCUUUGGAUUGCCAUCGACACCGACAUGAAUCCAGCGUCAACGCUGCUUGAUGCCGAGCCGAUAUUUCAGAUAGUGGACCACGCCUUCUGCUGGUAUUUUUCCUUCGAGUGGUACGUCCGGUUCAGUGCGUUCAAACGCAAGAGAGACGGGAUGAAGGACGCCUGGUUCUGCUUCGACUCGUGUCUGGUGUUCAUGAUGGUCGCUGAGACGUGGGUGAUGACAAUCGUUCUGCUGUGCCUCGACAGCGGCGGCGGGGGCGGCCUGGGCGGCGCCUCGAUCCUCCGACUGUUCCGGCUACUGCGGCUUUCCCGCCUGGCGCGGAUGUUGCGGUCUGUGCUUGGCUGA